GGCCUUGGCCAAGCAGCCUGCCCCUUUAAGGGAGCUCCCCUCCCAUGUUCCCUCCCUGCAGGUGACCCUUGUCCGCCUGCCACAAGAAGGCCGGGUCCCCUUUCCUCUGAGUGUCCUUCCUGUCUCCUGCUGUCAGGAACCUUUCCACACUGGCCCCGCCCCAGCCCCGCCCCAAGCAGGUGGGCUCAGAGGAGAAGCCUGCCCAUCAGCCCUCUGACGUGGCCUCUGUUGCACCUGCAAGCUUAGCUAGGUUCCCCCUCCCUGUCUCAGGAACCUUUUAAUGUCCACAGCAAGGGCUGCUGGGGACCUGAGGGCCCACUGCUCUGCUCAGGAUGUUCCAGAGGGAAUAAAAGCCAGAGCCAAAGCCUCUAAUGUGUCCGCCCGGCAGGAUGGGGCCCCCAGUGUGGUGUCUGUGGGCUGGCCUGUGUGGGGGGGUGGUUUUGGGCUGGGCAGGGGGCUCAGUCCCCAACCUGGGCCCUGCUGAGCAGGAGCAGAACCAUUACCUGACCCAGCUGUUUGGCCUGUAUGGAGAGAACGGGACGCUGACCGCAACGGGCCUGGCCCGGCUUCUCCACAGCCUGGGGCUGGGCCGAGUUCAGGGAAUUCGCCUGGGACACCACGGGCCUCCACCUGGCCGUGUUACCCCCUCAUCUGGAGACAAUCUCACACACAGGCAGCAUGGACCUGAGCUGAGUGUGGAUGUCUGGACAGGCAUGCCUCUGGGACCCUCUGGGUGGAGUGACCUGGAGGAGUCAAAAUCUCACCUACCCCAGGGGCCAGCCCCCUCAGGCCUAGACCUUUUUCACAGGCUUCUGCUGCUAGACCAUUCCUUGGCUGACCACUUGAAUGAAGAUUGUCUAAAUGGCUCCCAGCUGCUGGUCAAUUUUGGCCUAAGCCCUGCUGCUCCUCUGACCCCGCGACAGUUUGCUCUGUUGUGCCCUGCUCUGCUUUACCAGAUCGACAGCCGUGUCUGCACCCAAAUGCCAGGCCCAGCCCCACCAGGAGAUCUACUACCUGCCCUGCUUCAUAGCACCCUGGCAGUCCUGUUACUCAGCCUCCCUGCUCCCCUCUCUCUGCUGCUGCUGAGGCUCCUGGGACCUCGUCUAUUGCGGCCCCUGCUGGGCUUCCUGGGGGCCCUGGCCGUAGGCACUCUUUGUGGGGAUGCGCUGCUCCACCUGCUGCCUCAUGCACAAGGAAGGCAGCACACAGGACCAAGUGGGCGACCAGAAGAGGAUCUCGGCCCAGGGCUGUCAGUACUUGGAGGCCUCCUCCUGCUCUUCAUGCUGGAGAACAUGCUAGGGCUCUUCCAGCGCAGAGGGCUCCGACCAAGAUGCUGCAGACGACAGAGAAGGAAUCUCAGAACACCAAACCCAGAUCCUGAAGACAGCACCAGGAUGGCCCUUUGGCCCCUGCAGGCAGCUACAGAGCCAGGGGCUCAUGGCCAGAGGGAACAGAACAGCCAGUCCCCACCAACACCAGCCCCUCCUGGGCACCAAGGCCACAGUCACGGGAACCAGGGUGGCAGUGGUGCCAACAUCACAUGGAUGGUCCUCCUAGGAGAUGGUCUGCACAACCUCACCGACGGCUUGGCCAUAGGUGCUGCCUUCUCGGAUGGCUUCUCCAGUGGCCUCAGCACCACGCUGGCAGUCUUCUGCCAUGAACUGCCCCACGAACUGGGUGACUUUGCAAUGCUGCUCCAGGCAGGCCUGUCCUUUCAGAGGCUGCUGCUGCUGAGCCUCAUAUCUGGAGCAUUGGGACUGGGGGGUGCAGCCCUAGGGGUGGGGCUCAGCCUGGGCCCCUUUCCCCUCACCCCCUGGGUGUUUGGAGUCACUGCUGGGGUCUUCCUCUAUGUGGCCCUCGUGGACAUGCUGCCAGUCCUGCUCCAUCCUCCUGAGCCCCAACCUACGCUCCACGUGCUGCUGCAAGGGCUGGGGCUGCUGCUGGGGGGCAGCCUCAUGCUUACCAUAGCCCUACUGGAGGAGCAGCUGUUGCCCCUGGUCUCCGAUGGCUGAUGGGGGCCGGUGGCAAGGGGUCCAGAGUGCCCUUCCUUCCCCCCAACCACAGGAAUGGAGGCGGGACACAGGGCCAGUAGGAGCAAUAGGAUUUUAAUAAACAGAACCCAUCCCAAAGCCAUGACUACGAACGACAGUUGUACUUGCACCAAAACAGCAUAGAAAACCGGGGUGUGGUGGGAGGGCUCAAAGCAGGUUGGGGGAGGAUGUAAGUAGGGGCCUGGAGGGGACAGGGUGCAUCAAUCUUCAGGGGGAGCAUUGUGCUUUAGCCCAGGGAGGAGGGGAGGGGUGGGGCAAAUGCACCGAGGUCCCUACUUUUUCCUAUUGCCCUCAGCACCCUGGGGAUGCAGUUAUCUGGGCAGAUCUGCCCUUUAUUGCUGCCCACCAGCAUCAAACACCCCCGACCCCAACACUAGCACCACAGGUGGAUCCAGGGCAGGGGAAGGAAGGGCAGGAGUGAGGACAUUGCUUAGAGAAAGAUUCAACUAGAAUCCAGUGAAUUGUGCUCAGUUCUCUUUACUUCCUACAACCGAGUACAUGGGUCACAGGGUGGAGGGUGCAACAGGACAUGAAACAUGCCCCUCCAUGCCCCCGACACACCUGCACACAGGAUGGUGGUGUCUGCAGCAUCACAGGUCAUGCAGGGCACGGGGAAGGGGAGGUUCACACACACAUAGAUGCCCACAGUGGGUACCAGACAGAGAACACCCCUGAAUAUACACAGCUGUACACGGGGAACCCCAGGUGCCCACCCCACCCUCUCCCCUGUCUUGCUGUCCCCCAGGCAGGGGAACUGUAUUGCUUUGAGAGAGCCACCCUUGGGGCUGCUCUGCCAGGCACCCUCCCUUCCCACCCUCCCAUUUUGGCACAUCUGCAAGACACACGGCAGCGAGAGGAAGCACUCUCCCUCCCAGGCUUCUGUGGCUUAGAGUUGAGGAAGGGGGAAGAAGACAUCGUCCUCCAUCUUUCCCCUAGCCCUUCCCAAACCCCUGCCAAACCCACUCCAGCCAGGACCCCCCCCCCACCCCAACACACACACACAAAGCUGAGCUAUCCAGGAAUACAAGUGGAACAAGGAGAUUGUCUGGGAGGGGAGCAGAGGCAGUGGGAAAAGACUGGAAGCAGAGACCCCACCCUGGCAUGGGGUAAGACUGGCACAACAGCUACUUUAGUGCAAUUGGAGAGGGUGCCCAGAGUGAGGAUGGAGAUGGGAGGGGAGGCUCUCCCCACCUUCCCUGGGGCAGUCAGUCUUGCAGACUCCCCAGAGAAAGGGCCUAGCAGGAGUGAGUGAGGGCCUUGGACAGGUCCUCUUGUCACCCGCCCUCUGCCCUCCCAAAAGCAGUGACAGUGUCCCCCUCACACCUAGGUGGGCAACAGCAGCCUCAGAAUCAGUACCUUCAAGUAAUUCAAAGAGCAGACCCUCCCCACCCCAGCUCCCGCCCAUCUCUGGGAUUUGGUCACUUCUCUAGGGGUUGAGUCUCUGGGGGUUGGGUCAGGAGGAGGGAGUCCCCAAAUCAGACUCGCCCCUCUUUACCUCCCUCCUCCCAGAUAGCUGGGCUUGGUCCUCAGAUUCCUCCCCAGGGCCGGGCCAAGGCCUGGAGGGCUGGAGCCACCACAACUAGAGGGGAAAGAGACUGCUUUGCUCCUUAGCCCUCCUUUUCAAAAGGUAGGGUUCAAACUUGGCGGGAUGGGGGCCCAUACUGGCUUGCCCCAGGAGUAGGGUUUCUGGGCUAGGGUCUGUAAGGCUAUUUUCCUUUGCGGUGGGAAGGGAGGUGGGGAAUGAAUGCUGGGUGUGGGGAGAGGGUGAUGAAUGGCUGAGAGGGACGAGGAAGGGGCCUCCCCACUGGAGCAGUCACUGGAGUCACUUCGACAAGGAAACACUCCUGUGCCAUGUGCGUAAGAUACAGAGUGUGCCUACUCCCAGCCUGGCCAGCCUGGCCCUGCCCCACCUCUCAGGACCCCUUCCAAGACCGCAGAGAAGGUUUUGGGGGUACAGUUGUAGAACCGUUCACUCUGGCCCCACCCACCCCACCCCCAUCCUCUUCUCCCCUUCUAAGUCCAGGGAGUAAGAAGGUGCUCGGGUGGGCAGACAGUGGUGGAAACAGUAUUGAGUUUUCCUUUGGUUACAUAUUGAAGGCAAAGGUGAGCUGGACUUACAGUCAAAACGGAUAGGGGUGAGGAAGGAAGAGGGGCCAUGGCUGGGGUUGGAGAGGGAGGCAGGCCCUCCUCAGCCCCUCCACCCCAAGGAACACACAUCUACUGGGGUGGCAGUCCCUCAGUCUCAUUUCUCCCACCCCCCACAGCACCAAACAAAAGGAGAAGCCCCUCCCCCAGGGGCUGCUCCCCACCCCAACCUGGGCUGUACAUUCAGUGGUUUUCAGCAGUCCUAUGGCUCAGGGGGCCACGGGAUGGGGGAGGGGCCCAUCAGUCUCAGCUGGACAGUGGCAGUGACCUGGGUCUGUCGGUCCAUCCUGGGACCCACAGUUUGUGCCAUUUGUUUUUCUGAAGUAUAGUACACAACCCUACCAAAGCCACCGCCCAACCAGAAACAUUCCCCCGAAUAUCAGAAACUAAAAACUGGCUCUUUUCAUCUUGCCUCUGAUUCACAAGUCUGUCUCCUAUGUAGCCCUCGCUCUGUCUCCUUUGCUGGGACCUGGGACUACUCCCCAGGUCCUCACUCCAAAUAGGCCUUUUCACAAAAGUGCUUAUUACUUGAAGCAAGUGCUUUAGAGCUGCGGUGGGGAGAGGGGGAGGGGAGAGGAAGGUGAAGGGAAGGAGGUGCUUCCUCCCCCACCCUACCCCCUUAAAAUUGGGGGGCAUUCUGCCUGUUUUACUUCUCCACACCCGUUUAAGUCAAAGAGGUUUUUAAAAAAAUCUUAACAUUAAAAUAAAUAUGCAGUGGCCAUGAGAAUGGUCAAAAUGCUUCAAAAAACACUAGGGGUUGGGGAGCCCAGGGUGGGGUGCGGGAUUUCCUUUGGCAUAAGGAGAGGAGGCUGCUGGCCCUCCAGGCCUCCUCAUAGCCACAUGAGGAGGAGCAGGGAGCUCCCCACCUCCCCAGCACUGCUGACAACAUGCUGAGGGGCAGCAGGGAACAGACAGCCACCAGAAAUCUCAUCUAGCAAAACAAAACAAUGGGGCUCCUGACAAAUACUCAGAUUCUUCCUGUCACCACUAAGCAUUGAUAAAGGAGAACACGACUUGAUACCCCAACAUUCCCAGAGAACCCAUCUCCCUGCUCCCCGUGCCCCCUACCACCUAAUUCCCAGCACCAAAAUGAGAGGGAAGGGGUGGAAUGGGAAGAUUUCAGGAGAAAGAACUGAAGUUAGGGGGCAAGCUUUGCAGAACCAGCGGGGUUGGGGUGGGGGCGGCAGCCCUUAAGAGAAGUCACAUUGAUUGUCGUAUAGGGGAGGACAAGGGAUGAAGGGAGGUGGGCAAGAGGGGCACUGCAAGGCCCUUUGGCUUUGAAAACAAAACUAAAAACUAAAAGCUGCACAAUCCUUCUCACCAAUAAUGGUCAUUUGGAAGCCUUGAAAUGGUUUAGGAUCUAAGAGUUGGGGAAGCAAGACAGAGAUAGAGGAUAAGGAGAAACUAGGAAAA